AUGUUCACCAGGAUCUUGUUGGUGUGUCUGUCUCUCAGUCUGUACAGUUCAGGCUCCUCGCUGAGCUGCAGAUGGAUGGAUCAUAAGUUCAGACAGCACAGUAAAAACUCUUUGGAUCUAAUAGAAACGAUGGCUCAUAACUCCACUAACACCACUGAGCAUGCUGAAGUGAACUUCCCUAAUGAUCUGUACAGCCAGGCGUCCAGAUCAUCAGCUGAGGACAAACUCAGCUUCACAGUUCACAUUCUGGAGGAGAUGGCUGCCCUGUUUGAGGAGGAUCACAGCAAUGCAUCAUGGGAGGAGAGCACAGUGGACCACUUUCUCAUCCUUGUGACCCAGCAGGCCGACGGCCUUCACUCCUGUAUUACGAGCCACGGCCACAAGAAGAAGAACAAGAAGCUGCACAUGUAUUUCAAGAGACUCUCUCGUCACGUCCUGGAGCAAAUGGGCCACAGUGCUGAAUCCUGGGAGCUGAUCAGGAAGCAAAUGAAAACCCAUCUGACGAGAGCAGACCAGCUGGUUUCAUCUCUACUCACCAACUAA